AUGGACGCCGUGUGCUUCUCAGUGAGUGUUUCCCGCCCGGCCGCGGGUUCGCGCCCGGCCCGGCGCCGCGGGACCCCCGACCCCGACCCUGCAGCGCCCGCCCCGCAGGCCGGGGAGAACUUUCCGUCCUGCCGCAGCCCGCGGGAGCCGGGCGCCGUGGGGACCCAGAGUCCGCGGAGCGGGGUGCGGCGGGGAGCGGGGGGUUCCCACUCGGGCGAACCCCGAGUCCAGGGUGGGGGACACGAGGACCCCGAGGGCGGGGUCUUCCGGUUCCUUGUAGCAAGUUUAAUCAUCCUUCAUCUGUCUGGAGCAACGAAGAAAGGAACAGAAAAGCAAACCACCUCAGAAACUCAGAAGUCAGUGCAGUGUGGAACAUGGACAAAGCAUGCAGAGGGAGGAGUCUUCACCUCUCCCAACUACCCCAGCAAGUACCCCCCUGACCGGGAGUGCGUGUAUAUCAUAGAAGCCGCCCCAAGGCAGUGCAUUGAACUUUACUUUGAUGAAAAAUACUCUAUUGAGCCAUCCUGGGAAUGUAAAUUUGAUCACAUUGAAGUUCGGGACGGACCCUUUGGCUUUUCUCCAAUAAUUGGACGAUUCUGUGGACAGCAAAACCCACCUGUCAUCAAAUCGAGUGGAAGAUUCCUGUGGGUUAAAUUUUUUGCUGAUGGAGAGCUGGAGUCUAUGGGAUUCUCAGCUAGAUACAAUUUCACACCUGAUCCUGACUUUAAGGACCUUGGAGUUUUGAAACCAUUACCAGUGUGUGAGUUUGAGAUGGGCGGCUCUGAAGGCAUUGUGGAGUCCGUACAAAUUCUCAAAGAAGGCAAAGCUACUGCCAGCGAGGCCGUGGACUGCAAGUGGUACAUCAGAGCUCCUCCACGAUCCAAGAUUUACUUACGGUUCUUGGACUAUGAGAUGCAGAAUUCGAACGAGUGCAAGAGGAAUUUCGUGGCGGUGUAUGACGGCAGCAGCUCGGUGGAGGAUCUGAGGGCCAAGUUCUGCAGCACGGUGGCCAACGACGUGAUGCUGCGCACGGGGCUGGGCGUGGUGCGCAUGUGGGCCGACGAGGGCAGCCGCAACAGCCGCUUCCAGAUGCUCUUCACCUCCUUCCAAGAACCUCCUUGCGAGGGCAAUACCUUCUUCUGCCACAGCAACAUGUGCAUCAACAACACGCUGGUGUGCAACGGGCUCCAGAACUGUGUGUAUCCGUGGGAUGAAAACCACUGUAAAGAAAAGAGGAAAACCAGCCUGCUGGACCAGCUCACCAACACCAGUGGGACUGUCAUUGGCGUGACUUCCUGCAUUGUGAUCAUCCUUAUUAUCAUUUCUGUCAUUGUCCAGAUCAAACAGCCUCGUAAAAAGUACGUCCCAAGGAAGUCAGACUUUGAGCAGACCGUUUUCCAGGAGGUGUUUGAGCCUCCUCACUAUGAGCUAUGCACUCUCAGAGGGACAGGAGCGACAGCGGACUUUGCAGAUGGAGCGGAUGACUUUGACAGUUACCACAAGCUGCGGAGGUCAUCGUCCAAAUGCAUUCACGACCAUCACUGUGGAUCCCAGCUGUCCAGCGCUAAAGGCAGCCGCAGCAACCUCAGCACAAGAGACGCUCCCAUCUUGACGGAGAUGCCCACCCAGCCCGCCAAGCCCCUCCUCCCACCCGUGAACAGGAGAAACAUCCUUGUCAUGAAACACAACUACUCCCAGGAUCCCGCAGAUGCCUGCGACGUGGACGAGAUCGAGGAGGUGCCCACCACCAGCCACAGGCUGUCCAGGCACGACAAAGCCGUGCAGCGGUUCUGCCUCAUUGGGUCUCUAAGCAAACACGAGUCGGAAUACAACACCACGCGGGUCUAAAGAGAAAACAAG